AUGAAAGGUAUAAUUGUUCUUAACGAGUUAAUUAUUAGUAUAAAUCAACAAAAACAUAAUAUUAACAGUUUUCCAACAAUAGAUAUAGACAAUAUUUAUCUCAAAAAAGAUACAAUUUAUCAUUUUGCAUAUGAGAAUAGUUUAAAUAACUAUCUUUCUGAAGAAAAAGAUAUAUAUAUAUACGGAGUUUUAGAAGAACCAUUUUCUGAAAGAUACUUUAUAAAUACACACAAAGAAGUAAAAGAUGAUACCCAGCAAUAUGAAUCAUUGGAGAAAUUUUAUGUUCCUCCAUAUGUUAGAAGAGCCAUUAAUGCUUAUGCUCAAUAUCCUGAUAUCUAUUUUUCAGCAAUCUAUCUAAUAGAGAAAAUAAAAAAUUUUAUAUAUUUUACUGGAUCUUCCAGAAAUGAUUUUUCUGUUUUAUCAAAAAAAAUAUCAGGUAGAUUUAAAAAACGAGCUAUGGUUAACAAUAAACUUUUAUUUUUAAAUAUGCAUAAACGAGAUGUUGAAGCACCAGAAUGCGUCAAUUUUUUACAAAAAUUACACGAAUCUAAUUUAAAUUUAAAAACAAAAAAUUGUUAUAAAAAUUCAAUGGUUUAUUCAGGAUGUCAAAGUAUUUUUGACAUUCCAUGUCUUUGUAUAUCUACUACUUAUAAAAGCGCUGUAGGCACAUGCAUUUAUCAAAAAAUGCCUUUUGAUCUUCUUGAUUCUUAUGAAUUUUCAAACAUCAUUUGCUCUAAAUAUUCAUCUCUUUCUACUUCAUGUAUUUCUUCGCUUAUAGAGGACCGCGAAAAUAUAUAUGCAAAUUAUGAUUAUACUGAGAAAAAUAGUAAAACUUCUGGAAAAUCUAUUAACAAAAAUCAUUGCGAAGAUACCAAUAAUCAUUGUUCUGGAUCAUCAAUUUUAAAUCAUUUUUCAAUUUUAAUAUUUAUAUUUAUUGUCAUAAAUGUUAACAUUUUUAUUGAAUUAGGCUCUUUUUUUUAUAUAUAA